AUGGUCGCGGAGGCAGAUCUCAAGCCUUGGCUCAGGCCAACACAGAACUCCUACAUCCUUCGCAAUGCUUCGAUAGUCGAUGUCGUGAAGGGUUCAAUACGCGGAAACGUCGAUGUCACCGUAGAAGAUGGCAAGAUAACCACGAUUGCCUCUACCACAAGCAACCAAAAACCACAACCAGGCUUCAAGGAAGUCGACUGCACAGGCAUUUACUUGUCCCCUGGGCUCAUCGAUUGUCAUGUGCACCUGAUAGCUACUCCCGGUUUCGACAACCUUUCUGCAGCGUUCGGAAACCCUGAAUCAGUGAGCCUACUCCGACAACCGUAUGUCUGCUCCCAAAUGUUGCACCGCGGCUUCACAUCCAUCCGCGACUGCGGCGGCGCGCACUCAGCACUCAAGGAAGCGAUCGAGGACGGCGUCUUCCCAGGCCCACGUCUUUUCAUUGCCGGGCAUGCUCUCAGUCAGUCCGGCGGUCAUGCAGAUUUCCGCAACAAGCACGACCACUCCGCUUGCUGUGGUGGUGCCACAAAUGGUCUUGGCCGAGUCUGCAACGGUGCCGCAGAGUGCAUGCAGGCCGUCCGCGAGGAGAUCCGCAGCGGCAGCGACUUCAUCAAGAUCAUGGGUUCGGGAGGUGUUAGCAGCCCAACCGACAAGAUCUCCCACCUGCAGUUCACACCGGAGGAGAUCAGAGCUAUGGUUGGUUGCGCCAAAAAUGCUGGAACCUAUGUGACAGCUCAUGCCUACACACCCGAGGCCAUUCGACAUUGCGUUGAGAAUGGUGUCAAGGGAAUUGAGCAUGGAAACUUCCUCGACAAGGAAACAGCUAAGCUGCUGGUGGAGAACGAUGUCUAUUUGACUCCAACACUCAUCACCUACAACGAAAUGGCCUCGCCAAAGUGGGAAGGUUUCCUGCCACCGUCGGAGAAGUCGAAGAACACACAAGUACUCGAAGCUGGGCUGAGGGCGCUCAAGAUUGCUUCCGAGGCUAACGUCAAGAUGUGCUUUGGUACUGAUUUGUUGGGCCCUCUUGGAUCCGCUCAGACGCACGAGUUCUCCUUGCGAUCGAAAGUUCUCGCCCCUAUCGAGGUUUUGCGCAGUGCAACGUUGAACCCCGCGCAAAUGCUUGGACACGCAGAUAACUUAGGACAAAUCAAAGAAGGAUUCGAGGCGGAUAUAUUGUUCCUUGCCGCAAAUCCGUUGGACGACAUUACUAUUUUCGACAAGCCUGAUCAAUUCCUUAAAGGCGUUAUGAAGGAGGGCCGAGUGUACAAAAGCCGGUGGAGUGGUCUCGCAGAGGAUGCAAAUGCGCCAGUGCGGAUUCAGUCACUGUUGUAG